UCGUGCCGCGGCUGUUGGCGCACCGGCGGCACGAGACGCGAAUCGAUGGCGGAAGCGAGACGGGAGCCGUGUCUCACGGCGCGUUUGAAACGCAGUGCGUGCACCACCGGAUUUUGAAGCACAGUAGCGACUUAUCAUGGCGGCAUGAUUUUUUUUCGCUGCCAGUCGUGUAUCUCGUUUGCUCUCUCGUCUACGUGACGUCUCGUGCCGAGGAAUCCGCCGAGGGGUCCUAACGCCGCGGAGCGUGGUCUGUGCGUGUGGCAGGUCGAAUCUCGUCGGAGGGACCCGUUCCUGCACUGCCCGUCGCGAUAAGCCCGACGUCUCUGAUAAUAACGGCGCACGGUUCGACGAAUAAGCUUCGCGUUUAGUUCAAGAACCCUUUUUAUGCACGUACACGCGCAUACGUACGAGAAUAUACAUCAGGAUGAACAAACGCCGUAGAACGUCCUCAGUGGCGAGUCGCGGUACAGAGGAUGAUGGUGACGAUAUACCACCUGAACCAACGAAGAGAAGGAAAAAACUAGAUCCUAGUGACUUGUGCCAACAAUUGUAUGAUGUACUCCGCAAUCAGAAGAAGGAGGACGGAUCCUUGUUGUGCGAUGCAUUUAUACGUGUGCCUAAACGCAGGCAAGAACCGGGGUACUACGAAGUUGUUUCCAAUCCCAUCGAUCUCUUGAAAGUGCAACAGAAGCUAAAGACGGAUGAGUACCGCGACAUGGAUGACCUUGCUGCAGAUAUACAACUUAUGGUCAAUAAUGCGAAAGCUUUCUAUAUGCGUACCUCACCCGAGUAUAAAGAUGCGACUGAGCUGUGGGAACUGUGUGUAAAUACUAAAAAUCGUAUUAUGGAAGAGUACGAAGAUCCGGAACCUAAAGGAAAACUCAUUCUAAAAGUUGGGCGAUUGGCUCGUAAAGCAACAAGACAAGAUGACGCUGAAGAUACUUCUGAAAGUUCUAUAAACCUCGACGAAGAGACUAUGCAGCUUUUUGAGGACUUAUUUGCAGCGGUUAUGACAGCGACUGAUCCCAUCGACAAUAACAGGCCUCUUCACAUUGUGUUUCAGCUCAAACCAUCCAAAAAGCUUUAUCCCGAGUAUUACGACGUGAUCGAGACACCGAUUGACUUGAAAACUAUCGCGAGAAAGAUUCAGGAGGGCGCAUACAGCUCGAUCGGUGACAUGGAGAAAGAUCUAAUACUCAUGUGUCGCAAUGCUUGUCAGUUCAACGAGCCCGGCUCGCAAAUCUAUAAAGACGCUAAACUUCUGAAGAAGAUCAUCACUGCAGCUGCGAAACGGCAGGAUAGCGGAUUGGGUAGUAACACACCUAAGAUCGCCACGACCGCGCCGUCGACGAGGAGCAAAAGAGGCAGUCGCACCAUGGCGCAAUCGUUCAUAGCGCAAACUGCGGCAUUACCUGACGAGGAUGAGGAAAGCGAUGACGAGGAGGAAGAGCCUGCUGAGACUGAGGAAGCUGAUAAUCCACAAUGGCAACUAUUUCAAACUAUUCGGACAGCUCCUAAUACUCAAGGUAUAAGGAUGAGUGAAUAUUUUUGGAAACUCCCAUCGAAGAGAUUGUAUCCUGAUUACUAUAAGAUGAUUAAGAAUCCUAUAUCUCUAUUACAAAUACGUACAAAGAUAAAAAAGGGUGAAUACGGUACCGUUAGCGAAGUAGCAGGAGAUAUGAAUAUCAUGUUUGAAAAUGCUAAAAAGUAUAACAUACAUACUUCUCGACUGUAUAAGUGUGCUGUUAAAUUACAAAAAAUAAUGCAAGAGAAAGUACAAGAACUCCUAGAAUUUGAUCAGGAUUCCGAUUCGGACAGCGAAUCGGAGAAUAGCUCGCAGCAACCUAGACUGAUCAAACGUGCUUCGAAUUUAUUGACGCGAGGAAAAUACAAAGAUAACAUACCGUUAAAGAAGAGAUUAUACGCAUUGGUCAAGUGUGUCAUAGAAUACGUUUGCGAGGACGGCCGGCAGCCCAUGUUAAUGUUUAUGGAGAAACCUUCCAAAAAAUUGUAUCCCGAUUACUAUCAAGUCAUAGCGGAGCCGAUAGAUAUGCUAGCAAUUGAAGCCAAUAUCAAAGUGGAAAAAUAUCAAAGUGAAAAUGAGCUAAUACAAGAUUUUAAGUUAAUGUUUAACAAUUGCCGUCAAUAUAAUGAGGAAGGCUCGUUGAUAUAUGAAGAUGCUAAUACAUUGGAGAAAGUUUUGAUGGAUAAGGUGAAAGAAUUGGGACCGCUGCCAGAUAAUCCCAAGUCCAAAUCGACUGCGUCGACUCCAACUAGGAACGUCGGGAGACCGAGAAAAGUAGUACCGCUUCACUUACAAAAAUUACGAACCUUAUAUGACACUAUAAAAGAUUAUCACGAUGCAAAAGGGAGACAGUUGUCUCUAAUUUUCAUGAAAUUGCCAAAUAAAAAUGAGUAUCCAGAUUAUUACGAAGUGAUCAAGCAGCCUAUACAUAUGGAGAAGAUAGCUGCCACCUUGAAGAACAAUGGAUAUGACAAUUUAGACGAGCUGGUAUCCGAUUUCAUAUUAAUGUUCGACAACGCGUGCAAAUAUAAUGAGCCGGAUUCACAAAUAUACAAGGAUGCUUUAAUACUUCAAAGACUAGUAUUGCAAAGUAAGCUACAACUGAGUGAGGAUGACGAAAGUGUUCCCGAUGUAUCGGCUGCCGUUCAGGAGAUAUUGGCAACAAUAUUUACUGCGCUCUAUAAUCAUCAAGAUGAAGAAGGAAGGUGUUACUCCGACUCUAUGGCAGAGCUUCCGGAACACGAUAUUGUUGAUGGAAAAAAAGUGCGAGGAUUGUCAUUGGAUCUGAUUAAAAGAAGAUUGGAUCGGGGAGUUUACAAAAGGUUAGAUCGUUUUCAAGAGGAUGUGUUUACGUGCCUGGAGAGAGCACGGAGAUUAUCGCGCACCGACUCGCAACCGUUUGAGGAUAGCGUCGAAUUACAAGCAUUUUUUUUACGUACUCGCGACGAGGUAACGCGUGCAGGGGACCUGUUGCAUUCGCCUGCGCUGAAUUACACCCUCCUCGAUCUGUCUGCCCAGGUUGCGGAGCUUAAGAGAAUAAAACAACAACAGGAGUUAAAUCUACCUAAUGAAGAUGAAAGUUGCGAUGGAAACGAGACAAAAGAUCCUGAAACAAAUACAAAUACGGAUACAAAUAAUAGCGAUAACGGAGGAUCCAUGAGUUUCAAUCAAGAAGUGUAUAGAGCCGGUGACUUUGCAUACAUUGAGCCCAUCGAGAGGGGCAUGGAAUACAGUGUCGUUCUCAUAGAAAGGCUCUGGACUAACGCGGAAUCUCAGCAGAUGUUGUACGGGAAUUUAUUUUACAGACCGAGCGAGACUUAUCACGUGGCAUCGCGAAAAUUUUUAGACAAGGAAUUAUUUAAGAGCGACGCCCACGUGGCGGUACCUCUGGCGAAGGUAGCAGGCAGAUGUUGCGUCUUAAGUGUAAAAGAUUACUUCCGAAUGCAGCCCGAAGGAUUCUUGGAGAAAGACGUCUACGUGUGCGAGUCGCGCUACUCCACGAAAGCCAGGGCCUUUAAGAAAAUCAAGGUCUGGAAUUUCGAUCCGGAUCACUUGAAAUUACUUCCGAGAGAGAAACCGUUAGAACCAAAACGAGUAAUCUCUGUGUAUAAAGAACGCUUGGAGAAGCACAAAGAAGAGAUCGCUGAGCUAGAGGAGGGAGAAAAACUCAUGGAAAAGGAAAGGCCUGUGAGUAGAGUGUCUCAUUUGAAGUAUCAACAUUUCUUCCUCCAAAUUACACGAUUUCAAUUAAUUAAACUAUUUAAUAUACUUUCAAUCGUGCAGAAUGUGAUACUAUAUAAUCCAGAGGAUACCGAGAAUACAUAUUACGAGCAGUACAACACGUGUGUGGGAUCUGUGAAAACAGGUGAUUUCGUUUACGUAGCGACAGACGGGGGCAGGCAGCAGAUAGCACAAAUCGACGCUAUAUGGUCGACCAAAGACGGGAAAUGUUAUUUCAAAGGCCCAUGGUUAUUGAUGCCUACAGAAGUGCCACAUACACCUACGAAAUUAUUUUAUAAGCAAGAAUUGUUCUUAUCCACUGUGGACGGUACUCAUCCCAUUGUAGCUAUUGUUGGAAAGAGUGCCGUUCUUGAUUACGGAGAGUACAUAUGUAGUAGACCUACGGAAAUCCCUGAGGACGAUAUUUACAUUUGUGAAUCAUUGUACGACGAGACUAAGAAUUUGAUGAAGAAACUUGGCCAGGAAGGUUUAAAAAAGUUUAACCAUUCCUCAGCAGUUACCGAGGAUGAGAUCUAUUUUUUCCGAAGGCCUAUUAAUCCAGCCAAGGUUUCGAGCGAUGUGGCUCAGACGCAAAAUCAAGUCAAGUCCGUCACGCCCAGCUCAGCUCAAUUUGAAAUGGAAGCGUCACCAUUAUUACCGAAGCUGGAACCCGAUGUACUAAGCAUGGGGGUAGGAUUAGGAGUGGGAGUAGGAGUAGGAGUUGGGGAAGACAGCAUGGAUGCUGGUGGUCCACCAUCCGUUGGAUCUACGGAAGCUCAACCGGUGCUCUCCAAUACUCAAACACCUGUGUCGACUAAGAAGAAAACGACGGGUAAGAAAUUAGUUACGGGCUAUAUUUUGUAUUCGAGUAAAAUGCGAACGCAGAUUACACAAAACAAUCCUGAAUCGUCCUUCGGAGAGAUUAGCAGAAUUGUUGGCAACGAGUGGCGGAAGCUGCCGGCAGGAGAGAAGCAAGCCUGGGAAGAACGGGCCAUCAAGAUGAACGAGGAUGGUGGCCAGCUAAAGACCACUUCGGUGAACACGAAUUCCAUGCAAGAUGUGGUGUACGAGUGCUGUUGGGACAAUUGCGACUGGCAAUUCGAAGACAUGACCGAUUGCAUCGAUCAUUGCAUCGCGGAACAAAAUGGUCACGUGCAAUCAUCCUUUGUAAAUGCUCCUAGCGAUGUUGAGUAUCAGUGUCAAUGGCGCGGUUGUGGUCGAACGAAGAAGUCCGUUCCACCGUUUCCGAGUGUACAGAGACUCGCGAGACACGUUAAAGAGGUGCACAUUCUUAAAUCCCACGGACGUAUAAUACCACCUUCCGAAAGAAGCAGAAACUACAUGCCUUCAAAAGGGCCCACGGUAUUACCACCAAUGGAAACAGAAACUUCAGCUGCCGCAACUCAAACCAGCAACUUGCCUGCUGCUAAGCAACCGGAACCACUGUUCGUUGCAGUGCCGCCGAGACCCAGUCGCGUAUUACAUUCGGAUGCUUAUUUGAGGUACAUCGAAGGAUUAAACGUAGAGAACCGUUACAUAUCAAAUUGGGAUAAGCAAAUGAACGCCAAUCCGGAUAAUACACAAAUCCCCGAUGUGACAAAGCUGCCUGCCGAAUGGCUGGGCAACGGUGUUGGUAAUCAUGGAAAUGUGGUGAAUGCCUUGUGGACACUCAGAAACAUGAUGAUGCGGGAUGUGUUAGCCAUCAAUAAAACUUUAUAGUUUAUAAAUU